GUCGGGUGGUGGCUGCUCGUGAGCAGCGGCUCCGUGUUUUGCAUGGUCGUCGUUGGCGGCAUCACGCGGCUGACGAGGUCGGGCCUGUCGAUGACGGACUGGCGGCCGCAGGGCAAGCGGUGGCCGCGCAACGACGCCGAGUGGGAGGCCGAGUUUGACCGGUGGAAGCAGUUUCCCGAGUACCAGCGGCUGUACAAGGGCUCGUCGAUUCCCUUCUCGAUGGAGGACUUCAAGGGCAUCUUCUUCUGGGAGUGGUUCCACCGGAUGAUGGGACGGUCCAUCGGCGUCAUCUACGGCGUGCCCCUCGCCUACUUUUGGGCGCGAGGCCGCAUCCCGCGCAGCCUCGCCCCCACCCUCGGCGGCCUUCUCCUCGCGGGCGGAUCGCAAGGCCUCGUGGGGUGGUGGAUGGUGCGGUCGGGCCUCGACUCGAAGCAGGUCGAGGCGAUCGACGGCGGCAUCCCCACCGUCUCGCCCUACCGCCUCGCCGCCCACCUGACUUGCGCGUUUGGGAUCUUUUCGGUCCUGCUCCACACCUCGCUCGGGAUCCUGCAGCCGCGCGUGGCGGAGGCGGUGGCGCUGCCCUCGCUCCGGCCGCUGCAGCAGCGCGUGCGCGGCCUCGCCCUCCUCGUCGGCGUCACCGCUAUCUCUGGCGCCUUUGUCGCCGGGAGGCAGGCGGGCUUCGCCUUCAACACCUUCCCGCUGAUGGAGGGGCGGCUGGUGCCCGAGGGCUACAUGGAGCUGCGGCCCCUCUACCGCAACUUCUUCGAGUCGGUGCCGUCGGUGCAGCUGCACCACCGCGCCCUCGCCCUCACCACCCUCGCCUCGGUGUCGGGCGUGUGGGUGUGGGUGCAGGCGAUGCCGCUGCCGCCGCAGCUGCGCCUCGCCACCGACCUGCUCCUCCUCGCGGCGUGGGGCCAGGUCGGGCUCGGCGUCGCGACGCUGGUCAACUGCGUGCCGGUCCACCUCGGCUCCGCGCACCAGGCGGGCGCGCUGAGCCUCUUCUCGGUGGUCCUCUUCACCCUGCACUCGUGCCGCGCGCCGGCGCAGGCUGGCAAGCUCGCCGCGCGGAUCGGGCAGCGAGUUGCGGUGGCCUAGGCGGUUGCUAGGGUGGCGGGGUGGGCUGGGAGGGGGAGAGGGGCCUCGUUCGUUGCUUCGGGGCCGUACUAAGGGCCACCGGGCCGCUUUCGGGGACACGCAAAGAAGGCGCGGGGGGGCCGCAAGUCGCAAGUGGGGAGAGUGAGGUGCGGAGAGAGGUGGAGACUGGAGUGGAAUGUCGGGCUGAUUGGGGGGUCUGUCAGAGAGAGGAGACCUCAGGGUUCCACAGUUUCUCAAGCGCCGUGUCGGGAUUCCUACGCGUGUCUUUUUGUCUGUUCUCUGUUGCACUUGCAGUGUGAUAUGAUGCUUAUGGACUUUGCAA